AGGACGCGGGGCCCGUGAGAUCUAAUUAUCCUCUCAGGAGCACUAUGUUUACUCAAGCUCCUUCUUCCGACAUAUGAAUUAUCAACGGGCAAGCUGGUUAGGUCCAGCGGUAUCCCGCAAAUAUCGACCUGCCUUUCUCCGGUCCUAUUCGCAGAGCACAGGGACAACCGCAACCGCAAGAACAAGGGCUCAGUCAAAAAUUGCACGCAUCGAUGUACAAAAACCAUUUUCACCCGCACUCGUUGACUCAUUUCAGAGGAGACACGAUUACCUUCGCAUCUCCCUUGACAGAGAGAUCGAAGGCGUAGAGUUAUCACCAGCCGACCACAUCUUGACUGAUGACGAAAUCAUCCGUUUGGCAAAUCUUUUCGUGAGAAGCGGCGUCACUAAAAUACGACUGACUGGGGGUGAGCCUACUGUACGGAAAGGCUUGGACGGCAUAAUUCGUCGCCUCAACGAGCUCAGACCACUCGGCCUCCAGUCUAUCGGCAUGACCACCAAUGGACUUGCCCUCCAUCGUCGUCUGCCUGGUUAUGUUGAAAACGGUCUAACACAUCUGAAUCUGAGCCUUGAUACUCUAGACCCAUUUAAGUUUGAGAUUAUGACUCGGCGACCCGGCCACGAUGCAGUCCUUCGCUCACUCGAUGCCGCCCUCCACAGUCCAGGAUUACAAUCAGUGAAAUUAAAUGUUGUUGUGGUCAAGGGCCUCAACGAUUCAGAAGUCCUGGAUUUUGUCAAAUUGACUACGGACAAAAAUAUCUCCGUUCGAUUUAUUGAAUUCAUGCCCUUCACAGGGAACAAGUGGGACAAGGCAAAGAUGAUUCCUUCCAGCCAGCUUUUGGACCAAAUCUCAAGAGAAUACCCUUCUAUAACACGAGCGCCCGAUGAACUCAACGACACCGCGCGAUCUUGGAAGAUUCCGGGACAUGUCGGUAGUUUAGGCUUCAUCAGCAGCAUGUCUGAUCAUUUUUGCUCAUCCUGCAACCGCCUGCGCUUGACGGCAGACGGACAGAUUAAAGUUUGUCUCUUUGACGCCAAGGAAGUAUCCCUUAGGGAUGAAAUGCGAUGUGGCGCCAGUGAUGCAGAACUCCUGGACGUCAUCGGACGCGCUGUCCAAGGAAAACAGGAGAAGCACGCCGGGAUGGAGGAUAUUGAUGUCAUAACCAAUCGACCCAUGAUUCUCAUUGGAGACACGCAGCCUCGCAAGUCUAGAGUGCGAUCGUUACCCCGCCUUCCUGCGUAUGCUUACCCCCUCGAUGGUACACUGUUGCUACCUUAUAUCCAUCGACGCUGGAGCUCGUCGUCUAGCCGAUCUGACCUCCGUUUGACUCAUAUUAGCUCUGAUGGUCAGCCGCGUAUGGUUGAUGUCGGCAGUAAGGACGCAACGAAGCGUAGCGCUACCGCCAGCGGUUGCAUAUACAUCCCAAAGUCUGCGUAUGACCUUGUCACAGGGUCGGGUGACGCCGAUUCCAAUGACAAGACAAUCCAGAAGGCUCGCGGCAAAGGGGAUGUGAUGACUGUCGCUCAGCUAGCCGCGAUCAUGGGCUCUAAGCGAACCUCCGACCUCAUUCCCCUAUGUCAUCCUCUCCAGAUAUCCAACAUAUCUGUCACAUUAACGCCUGAGCUCCUCGUUUAUGGCAUAAAGUGUACUGCUACUGUGGCAUGCGAAGGGAAAACUGGAGUAGAAAUGGAGGCACUGACGGCUGUAUCCGUCGGUCUCCUUACGGUUUGGGAUAUGCUAAAGGCCGUGGCGGGCAAGGAAAUGAAAAUUGGGGAGAUCAUGGUCACGCAUAAAACAGGCGGCAAAAGUGGUGAUUUUACUCGAGUUCCAUAACUAUUUGCAGUAUCGCAACAAAUACGGUUUGAAACACUAGAAUUUUCUGAAGU